UCGUGACUCCUCGCAGUCACUUUUACUUUCCAUACGAAAUUGACGUCCAAAAACAGGUGAUGCACGAUUUAAAAAAUAAAGUGGCAAUCGUCACUGGCGGUGCUAACGGUAUCGGUGCUGGUAUUGUGAGAGAGUUUGUUAAGGAGGGCGCAAAGCAUGUAGCAAUCAUAGACGUUGUAGAAAACACCGGCGCAGUGCUUGAAACGGAAAUAAACAACAAACAUGGCAAAGAAAUCGUGCGCUUCUACAAAUGUGAUGUUUCUAAAGCAGAAGAAUUGUAUAAUGUUUUCAAUAAAGUUAUAGAACAGCAUGGAUAUAUAGAUAUAGUUGUAAAUAAUGCUGGCACAGCAGAUGAAUCUAGCGACAAAUACAAAACGCAAAUAGACGUGAAUUUUACAGCCAUAGUUUCGUCGUCUUUUAAAGCAUUAGAGUUGAUGAGGGUUGAUCAAGGUGGGAAAGGCGGAACUAUUAUCAACGUGUCCUCAAUAGUUGCUCUUUCUCAUGAUAUCGGUCUACUUCCUGUGUAUGCUGGCACUAAAAGCGCAAUACUACAAUUCAGUAGUCGCCUUGGGUUGGAAGAACUUUAUUCGCGAACUAAUGUGCGCGUACUGACAGUGUGUUUUGGAGCGACUCAGACUAACAUCUUUAAAACGUGCAAAAGUUACGACGAUCAGGUCACACAGGUCAUAAGAGAGUAUUUCUUGACCUGCGAAGCACAGUCACCCGAAGUGGCAGCUCAGGGAGUGGUGCAAAGUUACAAAAUCGGGGAGAGUGGCAGCGCCUGGCUAAUUAACAACAACACUACGUUGGAUAUAACGGACAGAAUCAAAAAAGCUAAUGAAAUUAUGUCUGCAGACAUAUUCUCAACCUAAAGUUAUAAUAGUUAUUUAUAGUACUAGAUCCGGCAUAAGAAAUAUAUACCCCCAUCUGUUAUUUAUUUGGGAUGAGAAAUAAAUGAUGGAAAGUAUUCACAUUGACACAUUGAGCCUAGAUAAGUUGCAGCUGAACAGUAUUAGAUAAUUAUUUUUUUAAAUUUAUUUAUCUCCUUUUCUCAUGGUUAAUUAACAAAAAAUCGUACAUUAGUUAAAGUUACUAAAAAUAAUUGAAAAAGUAAAGUUUGCACACUACAACUGUGAGGUUGCCAGAUAAAAACAGUUCACAGUAAUUGUUAUAUACCCUCAUCAGUUAUUUAGUCGUCCAAUAUGUCAAAUGAAAGGUUAUUUUAUGCUUAAUUUAAUUAUUAUUAUUGUACUGUAUUAGGUUGGCUUCUUAGACCGUUAUUAAUGGUCUAAGGUUGGCUUUGAUCUAGUUCAUGGUUUCCUAGAUUUUGUAUGAAUAUAUAUUUGGCCGCAUUUGUCACUGUAAACAUUAACUAUCAUUUAUUUCAUAGCAGUAAUGAAUAUCAGAUGAAGGUAUAUAUGUUUAAUGCCGGAUCUUAGACUAUUAAUAUAAUAUUAACAAACGAACUAAAUAAAUAUGAGUUUUGCUACGUUCAAGGAUACCUUUACAAAGAAAUAAAUUGUCCACGACUUAAAAUUAAAUGGGCAUAUUUUUUAUAAGAACGGAUUGGAGACAGAUUAAUUGACUUUUCCAAAGUGCAUUAAAUAUUUAUUGUAACUUAAUUAUAAAAACCUAUCCAUGUAGGUCGCUCAAAUACACCGUUCGGUUUUGACAAUUUUAAUGUGUGAAUGUGUGAAUAUUGUACAAACAGUGAUGAAAAAGCUGUGAAAUCAAACGGUACAAAAUAAUUAAUUUGGUAACGCCUGGCAGAAAAAUAAAGCACAUACGAGUAGGUUCAUAUACAGAAAUUAUAAUACGGUAGUGUAUUAAGUUUAAGUAAUUUAAUAAAGUUUUCAAAUAUUUUUUACUUA